AUGGCGAUACCACUUUCACUAAUCCCAGUAAAUCUCAAAGAAUCGGCUCUUGAUUCUCCGACCUUUCGGGCAAAUAUCAUACAUUUUUGUGAACAAGUUGAUAUUGUGGAGAAGUGGCUUGAGGGAUACAUUCGUAGCAUAUUGAAAGUUGUCCAGGAACUAGGAGGUCUAGAAGAAGCUCUCGCAGCAACGUUUUCCCAAUCGAUACCAUCUUCAAUUUCCGAAUCAAUCCUUGACCAUGACUACUCGCUUCUUGCAAUUGAACUCUUGGCCGAAGCAGGGAGGGAUUUUUGGAGUAUCGCAAUUGCUUACUCAAAACGAAUGCAACCCCAGAUGAUAGAGCCUUUAUCUGAAUUUUUAAGAAAUGACAUCCGGCAGUUCAAGGAGUGCAAACGCGUUUUCGAAGCAUCCCAACAGCGGUAUGAUGUGCUUCUCCAAAGAUAUGCGGGACAAUCUAAAGGCAAGGAGGCCUCUGCGCUUCGAGAAGAUGCCUUUCAGCUACACGAAAGCCGCAAAACAUAUAUCCGUGCAUCAUUUGACUUUUGCGUCAAAGCCCCAGAAUUACGCGCAGGACUUGAUAGAAUUAUUACACGCGUAACUACAGACCUAUGGAGAGAGCAGGUCCGAUAUAGAAAAGGAUUUACAUUAGGUGUGGAUCGGUAUGAAUCAACCAUGGAUAGGAUCAGAUGCUGGAGUGACUCCAUGGAAUCUUCAGCCAAAAUAUUCAAACAAGAGCUUGCACUAGCUCGUAAAGACAUGGAAGAACAAGCAAGGCACAUAACAAAGCCUUCUAGGGAACUCGACGACUACUCGAGUAGCACCGUGCCAUUUUUGACAACAAGGGGGAAAGAGUCUGCCGCCCCCACAUCUAGAGGCAGCGAAGCUAUCGAGAAACAGGGUUGGCUUUUUAUUAGAUCCGCGACGGGCAAACAAGGCACCCGGAGCAUUUGGGUUCGGCGCUGGUGCUUCGUUAAAGACGGGAUAUUCGGGUCUCUCGUACUCCAGGGGCAAGGUACAAAAGGCAGCGGGGUUGAAGAAACUGAAAAGAUUGGACUUCUUUUGUGUAAUGUCAAACCGGCUUUCCAAGAAGAUCGUAGGUUUUGUUUCGAGAUCAAAACCAAAGAUAACAGCAUCCUGCUGCAAGCAGAAACACAACAGGAGCUGAGCACCUGGCUAAAUGUUUUUGAAGCUGCCAAACAGGCUGCGGUCCUCACCUCAUCGGGAGCCGCAGCAGCUGUAUCAGCUUUUUCUAUAUCCCCCCCUCGUGCAGAAUUUGCUUCGGCACAAAUGUUACGGCAAGAUGAAACAGAAAAGCCUAUCAGUCUCGGUAUUUCGAAUUCCGAGCAAGUGUCCCGUGUCAGUGCCGAUAUGGGGAAACGAACUCCUGUUGCUAUUGAUGACAUGACUUCGGGCUCCCAGACCUCGAGAUUAGGGCAAAUACUUGAAAUACCAUCCCGAAAGAACACAGGCUUAAACCCUAGCCAGAUAGGUAAUGACCGGAAGUCAAUGCCUGGCGGUGGUAUACAAGCACUUAUAUCAGCAAGUCACGGAGUUUUGCCUCUCAACACUGUAUUACAGCCCACCUCAAAUUAUACGAUUACAUCGGCCCCUGGCUUAGUAUCCAAAGGGUCCAACAUCCCCGACGGACGCACGUCGUUAUCUCUAGCGCCUAAAACCCUUGUAAACCUGCCAAUGUCAACUAACCUUUCUAAGCAAGCCCUCGCGGCUUCUACAACCUCUGAUCACACUGUAACUGUGCCUGGCGGGCUUAUGGCAAACUCCUGGGGUACAUCAAAUUGGGGUCUCUCUGGCAGAUACGAUGAAGCGAUCAAUAGGCAGCCAGAUCAAAGCAGAGAAAAGGUCAACCUAGCUCCUUCUAUACUAUCGACAUCUGACACGAGUGGGACUGCCCAUAGCCAUCGUAAAGCCGUCUCACUAGAUCUAGACUCACAAGCUUCGUCAAUACCACAAGCCCAACAUCCUUCCAAGCAUAACUACUAUCCAACAAACUAUCCAGAUGAGCUUCGGCAGCACGAUGCACAGUUCAGAAUACUAUUUUCCGAGGUUCCACGGGAUGAAAUCGUUUUAUUGGUGUUCCGCGCCACGUGGAAGCCAAACGAUGCCCAGGAAUUCCCUGGAAGGGCAUUUGUCACAUCUACGGCAAUGUACUUCUACUCACAUUAUCUAGGUCUUGUUCUCGUCAACCAGAUUAGACUUCAAUUUAUAACAGAGGUUCAAGUCACCCCAGGAAAUACUAGCGACCUAAUCCGCCUCCAUCUCAGAGAAGUAGAAGAACUGGGACCUCUUUCAGGUGAAGAUAUCUCUGUGACUACAUUCCUGGAGCCUAUCUGGGUCCUCCAAAGGCGGCUUCGAUACCUUGUAAAUCUUACGGCUAUCGAAAAACAGACAUCUUUGUAUGAAAUUGUGGAUAAUCUUACCCAUAUGGACAAUGACCCUCAACAAAGUCCAACCAGUGAUAGCUGGGAGGAGAUUAGCUUAGGCGAGGGCUUGGAAGAUGUAUCCUCAAAAUCGAAUCCGACAUCACAUGGAAAUCGAUCGAUGCGUCAAAUCGUAGAGCAGGUGACUGGGAUUCAAGCUGGAAGCGGCCAAACACAAGUCUUAACAACUUCGCCAUAUACAUUCGUUCCGCCCGCAAAUACUGUCAAUGUCUUUAGCCAAACAUUCCCUAUUUCGGCGAAAUCCUUAUUCUGCUUGUUGUUUGGCGACAGAUCAAAAGUUUUCAACCUUCUGUAUUCAAAACGACGGUCCUCCGGUAAAGUCACCAAUUCGUGGAACUGCUUGGGCCAGCACACCGACUAA